AUGGCCACCAUUAGCUCCCUACGCACACCCGAGUUCAGCGAGACUCGAUCGCGAACGCCUGGCCGUCGAGCCCACGACCAAGUCCCCCGUAACGAACUGAUCUCGAUCACGCCGCCCACAGCGGCACUUCGCGGCAUCGGCAUGGUCACCAAGGAGUACCUCGACUCGGACAGAGUCAACUUUCUCGUCUGGAGGUAUCUUUUGGAAGGCAACUAUCGAGAAACCGCAGCCAAAUUCCAGAAGGAAUGGCACAUUCAGCAACCUCAUCGCCAUUUUGAAUUCGCAAAUCACGUCAAGAGUCACGCAUUAGUAUCCAUCAUCAAUAAGGGCCUCUGUUAUCAUGCCCUCGAGAGAGAGCACGCGAAGAAAUCGGUGCCCCCAGGUGCUGCGGCUGCGGCCGAAGCACUGCAGGUGGGGUUGUUUGGGCCAUUGAUCGCUCAACCGCCUCACAAAGUCGAGGAGGACGAGGAUGCUGAUGGCGAGGUGGACGACACAGAGAUGGAGGUCGAAAACACUCGGAAACGCCAAUUUGACAGCCGGCCACAGCAGCACAUGGUGAAUGGCGGCUCACCCAGCAAGCGGCCCAGGCUCAGCAAUGGCUACGAAAGCACAAACGGGGCGGAUGCAGCCACUGACCCCAUGGAGCUAGAUAGCCACGGUGACAACAACCACGCCUAUCCGUCGCCCCUUGAGGGCGAACAAGCUCCGACGCCUACCCCGAGAACAGAUGGUCCCGAGCAGGGCACGCAGGUCGACAAAGUCGAGGAACUCGCUACCGAAACCACUUUUUUGCGAUUAAUGCCCGAUGACAGCAACAGCACCACCACCAACGUCCAAGACGGCAGCGACUCGACGACUGCGACUGCGACUGCUACUGCAAGUGCAGGUGCAGGCGGCCCCGGAACUUCGCCCUCGCCAGCCAACGGCGAAAACGCACCCAUCUUGUUGCGCUGCGAGUGGAACCCCAAGGACCCAUCCAUCUUGGCGGCUGCUGGAACCGAUGCGCUAGCCCGCAUUUGGACCAUCUCACGGUCAAGCACAAUGACGCCCGCUCCAGCGUCCGAGCCCGACGGUCACGUGCAUGGGGUCCAUCGCCCGUUUCACAGUCUCAUCGACGACGAGACACCCAAGACGGCCACGGUAGGCCAGCUCGCCUGGAACUGGGGGGGAACGGCCAUCGCCAUCGCGACUGAGCAUGGCGACAAGGCGUCUGUUCAUAUCUGGGCAAAGGACGGUUCGCAUAUCGAUAAGUUUGAUGUUUCGGACCCCCCCGUCAUCAAGCUCCGUUGGAGCCCGAGCGAUGCAGCGCUUCUGGCUAUUGCACCCGACAACAGCAACGUCAACGGAAACGCUGGCGCCCUCGUCACUGUCUACCACUCCCUAACCUCCAACACGCUGUCAUAUUUCCUGCCGAACCACGACUUACUCAAUUGGCCACUGGACGCCGCGUGGACCAGCGAAACCGAAUUCCUCUUGACCGGCGGGGACGUGAUGCUGUCCCUGCAGUGCACCGAGACAUCAAUCGUGCCGAACAAGAAGCUCGAGAGCCGAGAAGACGACACCUUCACCCAGGUUGUCUAUGACUGGCGCUCGAAACUUGCCGCCACCGCGAGUGACAAGGGUAUCCUGGAUCUCUGGGAUGAGAAUGGUCAGCGCCUGUCAAUAACGGCCCAUUCUGGUGCUAUCACUGCCGUGCAGUGGCAACCUCUUCCAGAGGACUCUAACGUGCCAGAAGACGAGCGGUUAAUCGCAACGGGAGGCGAUGAUUGCGCCAUCAUCAUAUCAAAUGCCAAGGACCCGGAGCCAGGGAAAGCCAAAUCUAUCUUGACUAUGGAAUCACCCAUCGUCUCCAUCGCAUUCACCCCUGACGGCGCCUUCAUCGCCGGAGCCACGGCUGGUCGUAUUCUCAUCUGGAAAGUGGGGGAACAUACAAUGCCGAGGGCCAGCUGGAGCAGAGCACCACACCCUGGCUGGCUUAGCCCCAAGGCCAGCUCGGAGCCGGAGGAGGAGGAUGAGCACUGCUUGUGCUGGGACGCUGAUGGACAAAGACUCGCUUAUGGGGCCAACAGCAGGUUGGCUGUCAUCAACUUCCGCAGAUAG